GCGAACAGUAUAAAUUUGAACUUCGACGAUGAAGGAUUUCUCUGAAAAAUCGAUUCUUCCUUUAGGUUGUGCAGUAGUGAUACCAGUGUUGUGUUUUACCCGUUGUGCUAAUGCAAGUGCUAUUGUGGAUCUAGCUCCUCUUAUCAUCAAGCUAGUGGAAGUGAGGUGGGGUGGCACUGAUCAAGUGAACCGUGGAAGACCGAGAAUAAAGCUAAAACUGCACCGGAAGUGGAACGAAAUUGGCUCGACCAGCAGAGCGAAUGCAGACUGAAUUGCUUUGUUUUGCUGGAAUGGUUUGGUCGGUGUUUGGGAAUGGUGAAAAUUGAUCCUUCCUGAGUGGCGGAAUAUUUUUGGAAAACGACUUACGUACCGAUGGAAGCAACUAGCGGAUACCGAGUUAUAUUUGAUCCUAGAGCAGAUCGUUGAAUGCUGCCAACUGCCCCAGUGAGAACAGUUGCAGCUCGAGUCAGCAUAAUCGGGCGGAAAAAUGACUUCCCGUUUGGACCGGUUGUUCAUUCUGCUGGAGUCGGGAUCGGCGGCAAUCACCAGGAAGGCCGCCGCGAAACAGAUUGGUGAGGUGCAGAAGCUGCAUCCGCAUGAGUUGCAUAAUUUGUUGGGCCGCCUGCAGACCUAUCUGCACAGCAGCAACUGGGAAACGAGAAUUGCCGCGUCCCAAGCGGUGCAGGCCAUCCUCGAACACGUACCGCAGUGGAAUCCCAAGGGAAUCAAUGGCGUCAAGGAGGAGGAGGAGGAUCAAACGGCGGACAGUAGUCAGUGCGAGACCGGCUCGACGAGGUUGUCGUUCGCGAAGUUUGAUCUGAAUGUGGUUCUGCACAAGGGAGCCCGCUUGAUGGGGUCCGAAGGGUCGGAAUUCGAUGCGAUAGAUGAUAACGAUGGGGGAGAUCCAAGGGAGAAGUGGGCCCGCCAACGAGCGCUCCUGAACGAGAAACUGGGUCUGAGUACCGGGGUUAACCUGGAUGAUAUUGUAUCACUGGACGAUAUGCAAAAUAGAAGCGGUCAGGUUCAGGGCCGCAACGAGGGAGAAGUACUGAUGCCAGUUCAAGAGAUUUUGAGGAUGGACCACAGUGCGACUAACGCUUCUAGUCAGGCGUUGAGCUGCCGAGAGAAAAAUCGUGCUCGGAGGAAAGCGAGGGAACAGCAGAAAGCAUUUCCCAACCCGAUCAAUGCUGUUGUGUGUACAAACGCAAACACAGGGAACAAUGGUUUUGGUAUGGAUGGCGAACCAGAUCGUAAACGAAAGAAAGCCGAUCCUAAAAGCGAUACGGCAGGAUUUGGUGAACCAGUUCCUGAUCUGACUGGUACGUGGGUGGAUGCGACAGACUGGCCCCUGGAGUCAUUUUGCUCGAAGCUAUUCAUGGAUCUGUUCAGUCCCCGGUGGGAAACUCGGCAUGGAUCAGCAACCGCGCUGCGGGAAUUGCUGAAAAGCCACUCAGAAGGCGCUGGGAAGAGUAUUUAUAUGACGCAACAGCAAAUGCAAGUACAGCAUCAGCUGUGGCUGGAAGAUGCCGCACUAAGAUUGCUGUGCGUGCUGGCACUGGAUCGAUUCGGGGAUUUUGUAUCGGAUCAAGUUGUAGCGCCUGUACGGGAAACGUGUGCUCAGGUCUUGGGAACGAUAUUGAAACAGCUUCCACUGAGUAAGGUCCAUGAAACGGUAAACACGCUGCUUACAUUCAUCAAACAAAAGGAUUGGGAAGUUCGCCACGGAGGUUUGCUGGGAAUCAAAUAUAUGCUGGUGGUUCGAGAAGAUUUAGUACAAACGUUUUUGCCGCUGAUCAUCAACGAUGUUUUGACUGGCCUUUUCGAUUCGGUGGACGAUGUCGGUGCUGUGGCAGCAUCUACGUUGAUACCGAUUGCUUCUUGGCUACCAAAACUAUUAACCAAAGCACAGGUUUCGCACAUCGUGAAACUCUUGUGGGAUUUGCUCCUGGACCAGGAUGAGCUCGCUUCCGCUUGCAAUAGCUUCAUGGGACUACUGGCAUCGAUUCUGAGCCUUCCUAAUGCGUCGAGUUGGAUACAAAUGGAACCAAUGUCCGUACUGAUUCCACGAUUGUGGCCAUUCCUCAGCCACUGUACAUCAUCUGUUCGACGAUCGACACUUCAAACGUUGAAGACGCUUACCAACGGCAAUCAUGUGGCGAAAAAUGACCCGACCGCCGCAACUUCUGGAAGCAAUGGGUUGAAUGGAAAUGCUACUUCUGUGAUUGUAAGCACGGCGGAAGCUCUGGCGAAAGCUGCCACCGAAACCAAUACAAUUCUGCAAGUUGAUUCGACGGAAAAUUUGCUGUUAAAUUUUGGUGUUCAAGAUUGGCCUCCUGCUCUGUUACAGGAAGCACUGCGCCACAUUUUUCAACGAGUACUGGUCGAGCAUGUAGAAGAUAUCCAAACGCUAGCGGAGGUCGUGUGGAACAAUAUGGUAACCAAUGCGGAACUGUCUGCAUUGCUUCAUGCUUCCUGUCCGUUCGUGGCCAGCUGGCUCUGUCUAGCAAUGCAACCUGUACGACUAGCGUUUGAUCCCGCUUCGCUGAUCUACGCUAGGCCUACCCAACCUUCCACCACGAGAGAGCGUCGUCGUCAGUUUGAUUCGUUCGAGUCCAACGGUAGCGUGCCGUCGCGACAGAAAGCUUUCCUUGGUGGGAUGGAAACUAUCCCUAUCGAAGUGCGCGAGAGGAACGUGAUCCGGGCUCGUAUCAAAGCUGCUAAAAUGAUCGGAAUACUAUCGCGCUAUCUUGUUCUACCCGCGCCCGGUGUCGAGUAUACACCGGAGAUCGAAAGUCCUAUCGAUUGUUAUACCAAAGUGUUACUGGGGUACUUGCAGUCUCGUUCGGCACUCCAGCGGCUGAUUGCCAGUUUGGUGGUAGGUUUCUGGGCUACAUGUGACGACAGCAUACAACCGGGACCUCAGCCUUUGCAGGAUCGGCUGAAAGCCUGCUUGAACGAAUAUGUUUACUAUGACGAAGUGGCCAUACAAUUUACCAGACUCCUGCAGGAGAGCCGAGACUAUUUGGCUACUCUGAAGCAGCACAAGAUUCAGCUGGUGGAAUUCGAAAAUCUGAAGGUGCUAAGUUUGGAUCAGAUUUAUCAGCUGUCUACAGUUAUGUCGGAGAACCUUAAAACCAAAUAUGGGUUGAAAACUAAAGUUGCGGAAAUGCUGGAGGAAAGACGAAAAGGGCUACUCGGGUCCCACACCAGUACCUCUGUGGAGCAGAACAAUCUCCACGUUAGCACACAAGCAUCGAUUGCUGGAGCAGUUGUGAGUCUACACUGUCUUCCAGAUAAACUAAAUCCGGUGGUGAAACCAUUAAUGGAAUCGAUGAAGCGAGAGGAAUGUGAACUUCUGCAGAAACUAUCCGCCCGAUAUUUGGCGGAGCUACUGGACCAAGCAACCGUGCGUAGCCCCUGUCCCAAUAAUAAAAUUGUUUCCAAUCUGUGUACGCUACUGAAGAGUGACACGGAGUAUACACCAAAGUUAAUAAUACCGGAACGAGAGAUGCGGCACUAUGAUCCGGCUAACACGGGCGAUUCGAAUCCCUACCACGGCAUAAUCACUCUGAUGAAUCAACAAAAAACCAAGGAGAAUCCAAAUAGCAACAACAGCAAUGGUUCGAGUUCACGAGGACCAGGAAGGCCGUCGUCGGUUUCCACCGAAGCGGCCGUUGUGGAAGAUGUUUUGAAUGAAAGUGAAGAAACUAGUCGCAAACAUGCAAAAACGCAGCGAAUCGGUGCUACCUAUGCCAUUGCUACGCUUUGUUCCUACUUUAAGGAAACUUUGCCACAAAAGUUGCCGGUAAUAUGGCAGCUGAUGAUGGAAACCAUUGUAUCUAAGGUUGAUGAGCUGUACGUCGACAGGCUAAGUCGAGAGGUGAUUAGUGGUGAGGAUACGAACGAGUUCAUGACCUCCCUCCAGUUGAUUGAAAUCGCUGCCCGACAUAUCGAUGCCGCGCUUCACGAUCAGCUGUUUCAGCUGCUGUCCAAGCUUUGUCUGCUGUUGAGACAUCCACUCAAAUCAAUCCGUCAUAUGGUUGGACGAUGUUUGGCCACGUUGGCGUUGGUGAAUUCCCAAGUCGUCAUGACCAUGGUUAUCAACGAUAUUAUUCCGAUGUUGUCAUCAAUAGAAAAUGUAAUCAAACGGCAGGGUGCAGCGGAAGCGAUUGCCUGUAUUGUCAGUCAGCUGCAGCUGGAGAUUGUUCCGUACGUAGUGCUACUUGUGGUUCCACUGCUCGGCCGUAUGAGUGAUCCAGAUCAAUCAGUUCGCCUUGUAUCGACGCACUGUUUUGCAACACUGAUUCAACUGAUGCCGCUGGAUGGAAUAACGCCCGAUGUUCGCAUACUAUCGGAAGACCUGAAAAGCCGUAAGUUGAAAGACAAGGAGUUCCUCGAGUACCUCUUUACGCCGAAGACGAUUCCUGAUUUCAAAAUACCUGUUGAAAUAAAUGCCGAACUACGAAGCUAUCAGCAAUCGGGCGUGAAUUGGUUGUGGUUUUUGAACAAGUACAAAUUACACGGAAUUCUCUGCGAUGAUAUGGGUCUUGGAAAGACGUUGCAGGCGAUUUGCAUCUUGGCUGGUGAUCACCAUCAACGUAGCUUGGAUCCAAAGUGUGCUAAACUACCGAGCCUCGUUAUUUGUCCUCCAACCCUCACCGGACAUUGGGUGUACGAGGUGGAGAAGUUCCUCCCAACGCGUUUCCUUCGACCUUUGCAUUAUGUUGGUUUGCCAGUGGAUCGUGAACGUCUGCGACAUAAACUGGGCACGCAUAAUCUCAUUGUGGCGUCGUACGAAAUCGUACGAAAAGAUAUUGAAUUCUUCAGCUCAGUGCAUUGGAACUAUUGCGUUCUAGACGAAGGACACAUCAUCAAAAAUGGACGAACUAAAAGUUCCAAAGCCAUCAAACAAUUGGUGGCAAACCACCGCCUGAUUCUCUCGGGUACACCGAUUCAAAACAACGUCCUGGAACUGUGGUCCUUGUUCGACUUUCUGAUGCCUGGUUUCUUGGGUACGGAAAAGCAGUUCAGCAUGCGGUUCUCUCGUCCAAUUUUGGCAAGUCGAGAUCCAAAGAGUUCGGCCAAAGAACAGGAAGCGGGAGCGUUGGCCAUGGAGGCGCUCCAUCGUCAAGUCCUUCCAUUUUUGCUGCGGCGUGUCAAGGAAGAUGUGCUGACCGACCUACCGCCCAAGAUAACCCAGGAUUUGCUGUGCGAACUAAGUCCCCUGCAGGAGCGGUUGUACGAGGAUUUCAGUCGCACCCAUCUCAACUCUGACAUCAGGGAGUGCCUGGAGAAUAUUGACGGGCAGAACAUGGUGAGCAAAAAGACUCACGUGUUCCAGGCCCUCAGAUACCUCCAAAACGUCUGCAACCAUCCGAAGCUAGUGCUCCAGCCAUCCCAUCCAGAGUAUCAAACCAUCGUGUCAGAAUUCACGCGCAAUGGGACCUCACUGAACGAUAUCGAGCAUUCGGCAAAACUACCUGCGUUGAAACAAUUGCUGCUGGAUUGCGGCAUCGGUACAAACUGUGACAUGUCGGUGAAUCAACAUCGGGCGUUGAUCUUCUGCCAGUUGAAGGCAAUGUUGGAUAUUAUCGAAAAUGAUUUGCUGAAAAAGCAUCUACCAGCUGUGUCCUAUCUUAGGCUGGAUGGAAGUGUUCCGCCCAGUUCUCGCCAUCAAAUCGUAACCAAAUUCAACGGUGAUCCUAGCAUUGAUGUUUUGCUGCUAACCACCCAGGUCGGUGGACUAGGUUUGAACUUGACCGGAGCGGAUACAGUUAUAUUUGUGGAGCACGACUGGAACCCAAUGAAGGAUCUGCAGGCGAUGGAUCGAGCUCACAGGAUAGGCCAGAAGAAGGUGGUAAACGUGUAUCGUUUGAUAACACGAAAAUCUUUGGAGGAGAAAAUUAUGGGACUACAAAAGUUCAAACUUCUCACGGCUAAUACCGUGGUGAGCGAUGAAAAUGCCUCAAUGGAAACGAUGGGAACGGAUCAGCUGCUGGAUCUGUUCGCACUAAAUGACGGCAUUAAGAGAGCCGAGAAGGGAGCUGGCCCUAGUUCUGCCGCCACGGAGGGACAUUCGAAUGGUGCCAACGGGGCUUCAGGUACGAUGAAGAAUGUGUUGGAAAAUUUGCCGGAACUGUGGGACGAUACACAGUACCACGAAGAGUACGAUCUGUCUCAAUUUUUGGCAGGGCUGAAGAAAAACUAGUCCGAUUGUCCGGUUUGUUUUUAGGCGCUAGGCAAAUGGAAUUGGAGCGUUGAAGCUCUGUUUUUACUGAAGAUAGUAUUAAGUAGCGCUGUACCAUACCUGAUUAAUCUUGUCCCAAUCGUAGACGAUUUUUUUCUUUAUGCUUUCCUUUUUCAUUUUUCAGCUCUGAUGAAUAGAAAUCUUUUUAUUUCGGUUUAAUAUAAAUUAUUUUGUAACUGUAUACGCGAUACACCUGAAUUACGUAAUGAUCAUCAAAAUAUAGUUUAGAGAUCAUUUUUCCAGACAAA